AAUACACAAAUCAUCAUUCAUUCAGUUUCUCAACAAUGAUUAAAAUUGUAGUCCUGUUAUCUCUGAGCGCUUAUUGUACGGCCUAUUCGUCGGGCGGUUACGGCUCGUCCAACGGCUUCGGCGGCUCAUCAAAUGGUUUCGGCUCCUCAUCGGGUAAUUUCGGUUCGUCCGGCAGUUUUGGCUCAUCGGCCGGCGGUUACGGCGGCUCCUCAUCGGGUAAUGGCUUCAGUGGCGGCGAUGGAGGCUAUGGUGGAAACGGUGGCGGCAAUGGAGGCUACGGAGGCCAACAAUCCAAUGGCCCGAUUCAGGCCGCUGUCCACACGCGUCACAGUCUCGAAGUGAGACCUGUGCCCACACAAUACGCCAACAUUCAGCCCCAGAUCAUUGAAGUGGAGUCCAGCGAUACGCCCAUUAUAUUGAACUUCAACUCCCGGUCGAGUCGACUACUGGUCCAACAGAGUCACACUCCACAGCAGCCACAGGAGGUCCAGUCAACCAAGUCUGAGGACGAACCGCACCGACUCGUCCACGAAGUAACCAAACCAGUCAUACAGGAAGUGCGCGAAAUCAUCACUCCUUACAGACAUACAUAUCCGGUGGCGGAACCAGCGGUGGUCUGUCCCGAACCUAACGGUGUGGUUCGUAACCCAUAUGACUGUCACACAUACUAUCAGUGCCGUAACAAUUGGCCACAAUUGCAGAGCUGUCCCAAUGGCCUGUUGUUUGAUUCAAUAUUUGAGUGGUGCGAUGAGGCCCGGUAUGUGACCUGUUAACCAC